GCUUUAAAAAGUAUUAUUGAGUAAUCUGCGUUACUGCUAGCCACGUUUUCAAUACGUGAUAGUUUAACCCUAACAUUUGGGGUAAAAUUCAGCCUUUCGGCUUCUCGGGUCUGUUCCACCUUCUCGCACAGUUUGAACAGCUGCAGGAUCCCUGCUCUCCCCAGGGCUGCUGAUGGGCUCUCCCCACAGGGACACUCUCCUCUCUCUUUGUAACUCUGUGGAACUCUGUCUGCCUCGAGUGCUGUCGUCAGAUGGGACACUGUAAGUUGUGAAAAACUUGGAAUUCAUUGGGCUUGAUUUUUAUUGUUUUUAUUUUUCCCCUUGAAUGUCUACAGUGGAGCUGGGCAAGAAGUAGGAAGAUCAUGUAUUAUUCUGGAGUUCAAAGGAAGAAAAAUAAUGUUGGACUGUGGGAUCCACCCUGGCCUAGAAGGAAUGGACGCUCUUCCUUAUAUCGAUUUAAUUGACCCAGCUGAGAUUGAUCUCCUGCUCAUUAGUCAUUUCCACCUGGAUCACUGUGGAGCCCUUCCCUGGUUUCUACAGAAGACAAGUUUCAAAGGAAGAACAUUUAUGACUCAUGCUACUAAAGCUAUUUACAGGUGGCUUCUUUCAGAUUACGUCAAAGUCAGCAACAUAUCAGCGGACGACAUGCUGUACACCGAGACGGACUUGGAGGAGAGCAUGGACAAAAUCGAAACCAUCAACUUUCACGAGGUGAAGGAGGUUGCAGGAAUCAAGUUUUGGUGCUAUCACGCCGGCCACGUCCUCGGGGCCGCCAUGUUCAUGAUUGAGAUCGCCGGCGUAAAGCUUUUGUAUACGGGUGACUUCUCAAGACAGGAAGACAGACACUUGAUGGCAGCUGAGAUUCCCAACAUUAAGCCUGAUAUUCUUAUCAUUGAAUCUACUUACGGGACCCACAUCCACGAGAAGCGUGAGGAGAGAGAGGCACGGUUCUGCAACACGGUUCACGAUAUUGUAAACAGAGGCGGCAGAGGUCUCAUUCCCGUCUUUGCACUCGGGAGGGCUCAGGAGCUGCUCCUGAUUUUGGACGAGUACUGGCAGAACCACCCCGAGCUCCACGAUAUUCCAAUAUACUACGCGUCAUCUCUGGCCAAGAAGUGCAUGGCCGUGUACCAGACCUACGUGAAUGCCAUGAACGACAAGAUCCGAAAGCAGAUCAACAUCAAUAAUCCCUUUGUCUUCAAACACAUCAGCAACCUUAAGAGCAUGGAUCACUUUGACGACAUCGGUCCCAGUGUGGUGAUGGCCUCGCCGGGCAUGAUGCAGAGCGGCCUGUCCAGGGAGCUCUUCGAGAGCUGGUGCACAGAUAAGAGGAAUGGCGUCAUCAUCGCAGGGUACUGCGUGGAGGGCACGCUCGCCAAGCACAUCAUGUCUGAACCUGAAGAGAUCACUACCAUGUCUGGGCAGAAGCUGCCACUGAAAAUGUCUGUUGAUUACAUCUCUUUCUCCGCUCACACAGACUACCAGCAGACCAGUGAAUUUAUCCGUGCUUUGAAGCCGCCUCAUGUGAUUUUAGUCCACGGGGAGCAGAACGAAAUGGCCAGGCUGAAAGCGGCCCUGAUCCGCGAGUAUGAGGAUAACGAUGAAGUCCACAUCGAGGUGCAUAACCCGCGGAACACCGAGGCGGUGACCCUGAACUUCAGAGGCGAGAAACUGGCCAAGGUCAUGGGCUUUUUAGCAGACAAGAAACCGGAACAAGGCCAGCGGGUCUCGGGAAUACUUGUUAAGAGAAACUUUAACUAUCACAUACUUUCUCCUUGUGACCUCUCCAAUUAUACCGACUUGGCCAUGAGCACCGUGAAGCAGACCCAAGCCAUUCCCUACACCGGCCCCUUUAACCUGCUCUUCCACCAGCUGCAGAAGCUGACAGGUGACGUAGAAGAAUUAGAAAUUCAAGAAAAGCCAGCUUUGAAAGUGUUCAAAAAUAUCACCGUACUACAGGAGCCAGGGAUGGUGGUGCUAGAAUGGUUGGCAAACCCUUCCAACGACAUGUAUGCGGACACCGUCACAACCGUGAUCCUGGAAGUGCAGUCAAACCCGAAAAUAAGGAAAGGUGCGGUUCAGAAGGUCUCUAAGAAGCUGGAGAUGCACGUUUACAGCAAGAGGCUGGAGAUCAUGCUCCAGGACAUAUUUGGCGAAGACUGUGUGAGCGUAAAAGACGGUGCUGUCCUCAGUGUCACAGUGGACGGGAGGACCGCUAACGUGAACUUGGAGACACGGACUGUGGAGUGCGAGGAGGGCAGCGAAGAUGACGAGUCUCUCCGAGAGAUGGUGGAACUGGCUGCACAGAGGCUGUAUGAGGCCCUCACGCCGGUUCACUGAGGACCUGUCUCUGAGGUGCGGGACCGCCUUUGGGAGGCUCGAAUUGACUUCUGUUCCUUAGAAGGAAAUACCUCCGUUUCCCUGGAGGAGCCAAUUCACGUGUGAUAUCAAAUGGCUUUUAUUCCGACAGCUUGCAUAUCACUGUUACCAACUAAAUUGUCCAUUCCUUUGUAACUGCUCAAUAAACUGUUACUUUAGAACUUAUUGAUUCCACUUUAGGCAUGUGUGCAGCUCCCAAUAAAACUUUAAAAAUCUG